AUGAGGGAGAUAGUUAAGGGGAUGUUGAACUCCCCCAUCUGCCCUCCAAUUACUCCUUAUUUAUACCUCCACCCCUCCAACACCUCUUUAUCUCCAACUACUCAGUCUACACCUCCAACUAUCCCUUAUCUACAACUCCCACUUAUUUACAAUUCCCUCCUAUCUUCCUCUCUUUCCAACUUCAACUGCACCCCCCACAUAUCACCAACUCUUUCCUUGAUUCUGAAAGACAUUUUCUUUCUUUCUUUCUUUUUGCAUUUUUUUUUUUGGGGGGGGACUUUCUUUUCAUCAUUUUCUACCUUUUAUUUUUUUUUCAUUUUCUUUUUCUAUAUAAACCUUCCUGAAUCCCCCACCCCACCCCACCUCCAGCCAUUGGUUCUAAAUCUGCUUUCUUUUCUUUUUUUUUUGGGGGGAUUUUUCUUCUCAUUUCUUCCUUCUCAGCCAUUUUUUAUUUUUAUUCUCUCUUUCACCUCCUCUCGUUGCUUGUUUUUUUUUUUUUUCUCCCUCCUUUAUCUCCCUUUUCAAACUGCAAGCCUUACACAGAAGUUGAUAAACACUGAUACCUUUCCUGCUGAAGAUGAGCUUUGGCACGUAUAG